GCUGUCUGAGCAGGACGCCGCGUCCUCGCGGGCCGGCCAGGAGGAGACCCGGGGUCGCGCUGGGAGCCCGACGGACCUUCCUCUGGGACGCGCCUGCCUCUCGCCGCCCCGCCCGGCCGGGCUCUUCGCAGCAGGGACUCCCCCAGGGGGAUGAGCACGGCGGUUUUCUGUUGGAGCCCCCUGGCUUGGGACGUCUGAGAAGAUGCGCGCCAUGAGGCUGUUCACUUGCUUCCUGCAGCUCCUGGCUGGGCUGGCGCUGCCUGCUGUGUGCCCCCAGCAAUUGGCUUUGUCUGCUGGGAACAACUCGUCAGGGACGAAAGUGAUGCCCUUCCAGGAAGUAUGGGGCCGUAGCUACUGCCGGACCAUGGAGAAGCUGGUGGACAUCUUGUCGGAGUACCCUGAUGAGAUGCAGUACAUAUUCAGCCCAUCCUGUGUCCCCCUGCUGCGCUGCACUGGCUGCUGUGGUGAUGAUGGCCUGCGCUGUAUGCCAGUGGAGAUGGCCAAUGUCACCAUGCAGAUCCUGAGGAUUGACAUUCGGAAUCAGACCUCCUACUUAGAAAUGACAUUCUCUCAGCACAAGCGCUGCAGAUGCAGGCCCCUGCAGGAUAUAAUGAAGCCAGAAAGGAGGAGACCCAAGGGCAGUGGGAAGAGGAAGAAAGAGAAGCAGAGACUCAAAGACUGACACCUCCUCUGGCAGGUGCGGUGAUACUUCUCCCCCAAGGUAACCGGCCCCACGGAGGAGAGAGACCCCAUACCCGGCUCCUGUAUUUAUUAUCGUCACACUCUCAGUUACCUCUUUGCUGGCACUUGCCCUCUAUUUAUUAGCCAAUUGUAUCCCUGCUGAAUGACUCGCUCCCUCCAAGACGAGGGGCAGAGAGGGACAGGACCCUCAGGAAUUCAGUGCCUUAAGCAGAACGUGAGAGAAAGAAGGCAGCCACGGCCCAGCUCAUGUGUGCGUCAGCUUGGAAAGAAGCAAGACGUGACUUUGUGAGGGGCAAGCCAGGCCCCAGAGGCCCCGGGGUCUCCCAGGGGCUGGAGAGAGAAGAAGAGGAGAGGGGGAACCCACUGCCUGUCCCUGGGCCUUGGGCUCUUCGUGGACCAGCAGCCCUUGCUUUGGGAGCUCCUGGCCGGGAUGGGGUGGAAGGCGUGCUCUGGCUGGACCAGCAGCCCUUGCUCUGGGAGCUCCUGGCCAGGAUGGGUGGAGGGCUUGCUCUGGCCGCCAUGGCCCCAGCUGAGUGGGAAGGCAGGCUGGGGGUGAGGGCCCUGUGGCCUCCUCCUCUUCCUGGCAGCGGCUCUGCACCCUGGAGAGCAGAACAUUCAGCUCCUGAGAACAGCCGUUGCCUGGGGCCUUUGCCACUCCUAGUCCCCUCCUGUAUCUCCUCCCAUCAUGCCACUGCUUGUACUGGGACAUUGUUCCUUAUGGCCAAGGAAGGCGUCACCAUUCUGCCCCUCUCAGGGACACGGGCAACGAGUGGGUCCCAGGCUGGACAUGGAGCACACUGCCCCGCAUGGCUGUCUGACUGCCAAGGCAGAUUCUCUUGAAUAAAGUUAUUCUAGUCUGGAAA